AUGUCACAAAUGCGGAAUUCCAAUGAGGAGGCAACACAUGUGAGAGGAACAGAGAACCGGUUAAAGUAUAAAGAGUACGCCCCUCAUAUUGAGAUUGGAUUUUGGUAUGAACUGGAAUUUAAAAAACUACACAAAUGGCGUUUAGAGGAACCUAUUGUACCCUUAACAUUAUUCAAUACGAUAAACAGUGUUUCUUCUGCAACUCCCGCUAAUACAGUUUCAGUUAGGCGAGAGAGUCUUGAUAACGAUAUCGUCACUGUGGCAACAAGUUUAAGGGAAAAUAAUACUACUACUACUACUACUACUACUACUACUACUAUUAGUAAUCUAUCUACCGAUCCAACAACUGUUGAUGGUGGGGCAACUUUAAAUGAUUCCUCCUCUGUUUCUAUUUCUACACUUGUGAAGGGGGAAAUACAGAAUUUUAAUACAGUUGAACAACUUCGUCAAUUGCCUCGCAAGGAAACAUUAUGGCGUAUAUUGCGGGAAAAAUUACUUCUUCCAUUAUUACCUGAUUCUACUAAAAAAGAUAAGGAUAAUAAUGAUAAUCAUCAUCAUCAUCAUCAGGAAACUGUAAGUACUGCAGUGGAAAAGGCAUGGGAAGAAAUGAAUUUUGCUAUUGCUGUUCUCUUUACAUAUGCAGACUUAAAAAAUCAUAAAUUUCACUAUUUAAUGGCAUUUCCAGUUUUAUCUAUCAGUUCUCCAGUUUACUUGAAGCAUCGAGUAAAGGGAGGAUAUAAAGGUAUUUCAACCAAUCCUCAUGAAAUUUCAUAUUUCCCCAGUCAAGCAGCUGUGAAUUCUAUACAUGAACAUUUAUUAGAAAGAUUACAGCGAUAUCCAGAACGAGGUCCUAAUCCUUUUAUAGUUCUCUUUGAAGAUAGUAAAGAUAAAGAUAAAAAGAAAGAAGUAACAUUUCUUUCCUUUACACCACUUUCUAUAAGACGUAUGAUAGAGACACAACAUUCUAUUAUUGUGAUCUCUGAUACUUCUACAAGGGAAGAAUUUCCUGGAUGGUCCGUUCGUAAUGUGAUUGGUAUACUUCGUCUUGCCUCUCCUUCUAUUAAAUCUUUUGUGUUGUAUUGUAUUCGUCAUAAUAAUGUGGAGGAAAGUAUUAUAUUUGAUUGCACCUGUGAUCCGCUUGACUGUACUCUUGCCGAUGCGGCGGCUAUAGUAACAACAGAAGAAACAGAAGGAGUUCCCGUAAAAGCGGUUGGAUGGGUGGAACGAAAAAGUUCUUCUACUUCUUCAUCAUUAUCAUCUUUUGUGCAUUUUGUAGAUUUAAGUGCUGCGAUGGCACCUGAACGCCUUGCGGAGUCUAGUGCGCGAUUAAACUUAAGUUUAAUGAAAUGGCGUAUGUUACCACAACUUCAAUUAGAUGGAUUAACACAUUGUAAAGCAUUGGUGCUUGGCUGUGGUACACUUGGAUGUAAUGUGGCUCGACAUUUAUUAAUGUGGGGAGUUACAAAGAUGACACUUGUGGAUCGUGGAAAUGUUUCUUAUUCUAAUCCUGUUCGUCAGACACUUUUUGAAAUGUCAGAUGUAAUUAAUCCUUGUAUAGAAGAACGUAAUAAAGCGGUAGCUGCGGCUAAAGCGCUUAAACGUAUUCUUCCUACAAUAGAAGUGGAAGCGGUUCCCAUGACUAUUCAUAUGCCAGGACAUCGAAUUGAUAAAGAACGAGAAAUAGAUGCUAUUAAAGAUAUUGAAAAACUUGAUAAACUUAUUCAAGAACAUGAUGUGAUAUUUCUUUUAACAGAUAGUCGGGAAGCACGAUGGUUACCAACUGUAAUAUCCGCUGUUUAUGAUAAACCUCUUUUAAAUGCAGCUCUUGGAUUUGAUACUUAUGUAGUUAUGCGUCAUGGUAUUAAAUCAUCACAUGAGAAUACUAAUAAUAAUAAUAAUAAUAAUAAUAAUAAUAAUAAUAAUAAUAAUAAUAAUACACGUUUGGGAUGUUACUUUUGUAGUGAUGUUUAUGCUCCUCGUGAUAGUAUGACUGCACGUACAUUAGAUCAACAGUGUACAGUAACGCGUCCUGGAGUUUCAGCCAUAGCCGCAUCUACAGCUGUGGAAUUAUUAGCACAAUUGUAUAAUCAUCCAUUAAAGUUUGCAUGUCCUCCAUAUAUGGAGGAGAAUACCACAGAUAAAGAAAUUUUAGAUAGCAAAAAUAAUGAACCAGAAGAAUCUAAAGAAAGAGAAGAGGAAAAGGGAAUCAAUAAAGCCAUGGGAGUUCUCGGGGCUAUUCCACAUCAAAUACGUGGAAGUGUCUUUGGACACUAUAUUUAUACUCUUCAUGGUUAUCAAUAUAACCUUUGCACAGCUUGUUCAGAUUCUAUUGUUUCUGCAUACAAAACAGAAGGGUCAUCCUUUGUCUUGCGUUGUAUCAAUGAUCCUCUCUAUAUUGAAGAAGUUUCUGGAGUAAAGGCCUUUAAGGAGAAGUGUGACCUUGGGGACUGUGGUGAAUGGGAUAUCGAUUCAAAUGACAAUUGA